AUGGUCGAUGCCUUCGGGCUCGACAAGACUGACCCGUUCGAGAUCAACUUCCAUUACGUUCAUAACCCAUUCCCACUCCGAGGCGAACCGGUCGAGUUAGUACAAAAUAUGAGAGCCUCGUUGCAAGUCGGGUUGUUCGAUCGAGCCGAAGCACUCCUUCAGCGCCUCGGAGAGAUUUUCCCACCAUCGAACCCUCAGCUAGUGGAGGCGCACAAUCUAUACAUCCGAGCCAACGUGGAAGCCAUUGUCCGAAACCCCAAUGGCGACCGAAUUGGGAGGCUUCAGUAUUGGUUCGAAAGGGAGAUGAGACGAAAUGGCAUACAGCCGAACGAGACCACGCUUGCUCUGAUGUGCCGCGCAAGUAUAACGGCGCUCUCCGGUGAGAGGCAGGUACGAAGUCUUCGUCGAUAUCUUGAAAUAGCUGCGGAGAAGACUCGGAUCCUUGCUCAGCUACUCGAUUCCGGCGAAUUCACGCACUCGGAGUGGAGGACGCUGAAUCUUCUCAUUGAGUCACACUCCGACAUAUCCCAAGAAUCCUCUCCGAUCGCCCGGGACACUCCCUUCUUAGAGGAGCCGACGACCAAGCCUCUUCAGAUCCAAUCCGUGGAACAAAGAGGUCUUGGGCUCCAGACUUUGAAGAAGAGUUUGGUUUCCCUUGAGGACUCCGAUGAUGCGACGAUGCUUCAAAAAAUGCACGGAGACUUGAGUGCGUACUACCAAUGGAAGUUCGAACAGCAGGAGAGACUAGAGCAGGACUCCAUCGAUGCGGCAGUCGACGAGUGGCGUGCGGAGCAUGAAAAUAUGGUCAAGAUGGGGAUCAACCCCGCAUUCCAAUCAAAGUCCAUCAAGGCGAUGCUAUGGAAUUGGUAUUCUGCAUUGCUCCCAAAGGUCCAAAAGGAAAUCGAAUCCGUCAAAACGAAGGAAGACAAGAUAGGGACGAUACACCUUCACGACACAGUCAGGUACGCGCCUUACUUUGCGCUACUUCCUCCGGAGAAGCUUUGCGCUAUCACGAUCGUCUGUACCUUGCAGGAACUUGUCAGUGAAGGAAUUGCUCCCGGUGUCAAACUCGGACGCAUCACCCUGAAGAUCGCCGCAGCGCUGCAGGAUGAAGCAGGAGCAUUGUGGGAGAAAAGGGUGGGAAAGUCCAAGAAGGCGCAACGAAGAACGAAGAAAUUAGCGAAGCAAGCCGCUACCCCUAAGGCGCAAGAACCGAGUAACACCUCAGCCAAAGGCACCUCCAUCAAUGUUGUCGAGCUUGACGAAGCGAAAUACUUGAUGUCUAGGCAGACGGAAUGGCCUGUUGGAGCACGAGUCAUGGUGGGUGGUACUCUACUUGCGAAGUUGGUCCAGGUCGCACGAAUCGACGUCCGCCAGCAAAAUCUAGAGGCCCCAAAACCGGAAUUUAAGCCGGAACCGGCGCUGCGACACGACGUAACCUAUGUGCGGGGCAAACACAUUGGGUUGAUCCACGCUCACGAUGCUCUUCGAGAACUCCUUGCUCGGGAGCCGCCCCGAGGUUUGUUAGGCGCACGCCUUCCGAUGUUGGUCGAACCGAAGCCGUGGGAAAGCCCUAAGGAUGGCGGCUUCUUGACAUUGCCUUCGCGCCUAGUUCGCGAUAAAACCGGAGACGAGACGCAGAAGAUGUAUCUCUUCGCAUCGGCCGCUCGAGGAGACCUAGAUCAGCUGUUCAAAAGCCUAAACGUCUUGGGCCGGACACCGUGGCGGAUCAAUGAAGACCUUCUGACCGUCAUGGCGGAAGCCUGGAACACCGGAGAGGCGAUUGCAGAUAUUCCGCCCGCAAACCCCGAUAUCCCGUAUCCCCCGGAACCAUCGACCGAAGAAGGGGACGUCGCGAAAGCCAUCUGGCUACGUCGGCGCCAGGCGAUCGACAAUGAGAUCGGUGGCUAUCAUUCCAACCGGUGCUUUCAGAAUCUACAACUGGAAGUCGCCCGCGCGUUCCUAGGAAAAUCCAUGUACUUCCCUCAUAACAUCGACUUCCGAGGCCGAGCCUAUCCGAUGCCUCCAUUUUUGAACCAUAUGGGCGCCGAUAAUGCCCGUGGGUUACUCCAGUUUGGGGUCGCGAAGGAGCUUGGAGAACAGGGCCUUUUUUGGUUGAAAGUCCAGGUUGCCAACCUGCACGGUUUCGACAAGGCCAGUCUUACCGAGAGAGCGGAUUUCACGGCGUCUCAUAUCGAGGACAUUCGCGACUCCGCGGCCAAUCCUCUGACCGGGAGCAGAUGGUGGCUAAAGGCUGCCGAUCCAUGGCAAUGCCUGGCUGCGUGCAUGGACUUGGUGAAAGCGAUUGACUCUCCGGAUCCCUCCAAAUACAAAUCAUCUCUUCCCGUUCACCAAGACGGUACAUGUAACGGCCUACAGCAUUACGCCGCCUUGGGCGGAGAUUCCUUUGGCGCUGCCCAGGUCAAUCUUGAACCCGGAGAACGGCCAGCGGAUGUGUAUUCCGGUGUUGCCAACCUUGUUAAAGCUGCAAUCAAAGAAGAGGUUGCAGAGGGCCAUCCAAUGGCGUUAGCACUGGAUGGCAAGAUCACAAGAAAGGUCGUCAAACAGACGGUGAUGACCAACGUCUACGGAGUCACUUUUGUCGGUGCUCGAGACCAAGUUCAACGACAAUUGGACGACAUUAUGCCCGAUCGCUCGGAAUCGAACGUUUCAAACUACCAGCUGGCCGCAUACAUCGCUCAUAAAAUCUUCAAAGCCCUCUCGACCAUGUUCCAAGGCGCCCACGACAUCCAGGACUGGUUUGGACAAUGCGCUUUCCGCAUCUCAACUGCAGUCACCGCCGAGCAAAUUGACCGCCUCGCGAAGAGGGGGUUCGAAAAGAAACCUAAGCCAGUCUCCAAAGGCUCCAAGCCUCCCGCCAAACUAAACCGUGCGUCGACAAUAAAGUUGAUCAAAGAGCAGUUCCAAUCGAGCGUGAUUUGGACCACUCCUCUAAAGCUCACCGUUGUUCAACCCUACCGUGCUUCAGACGAUCGCCAGGUCCAAUCGACCCUGCAGUCGAUCACAAUCAAGCAACCCAAGCUGAAUGACGCCGUCUCCAAGCGCAAGCAACUCCAAGGGUUCCCACCAAACUUCGUCCACUCGCUUGAUGCCACACAUAUGAUGCUGACGGCGCUGAAAUGCGACGAACUGGGCCUGACGUUUGCUUCGGUGCACGACUCCUUCUGGACUCAUGCCGCCGAUGUUCCGGUCAUGAACCGCGUCCUGCGAGAGGCGUUCGUCGCCAUGCAUUCCGAGAAUAUCAUCGACCGCCUUGCCGAGGAGUUGAAGGCUCGUCAUCGGGGCUCACUCUACCUCGCUACGGUGAAGGCCCGCAGUGCGGUUGGGAAGAAGAUCAAAAAGUUCCGCGCCGAGAGAUACAAGACCAUGGCGAAGAAGGGAAGCUGGCAGUUGGAUGAAUUGAUCGAGGAGAAAAAGCGGCAAGAUCUCUUGAACUCGGCCGAUGAGGAGGACCAGCGGCUUGGACGAGAGAUGGUCACACCCGCGAGCAUCUACGAAGCCCACGCCCAGUCGACUUCCAUCUUGGAGGUAUCUCUGCAGCAGGAAGCGGAAGAGGUUCUGGAAGCCGAGGUCGAGGAAGAAGUGAAGGCAUUGCAAGCGGAUGCGAAUGCACACACAGCGGAGACGAAGCCGCAAGCGAAAGCCAAACCAAGCUUCACACUAAUAUCCCCCGUGUGGCUUCCACUGACGUUCCCGCCCGUUCCCGAGAAGGGCGAUUUCGAUGUCCGACGAGUGAGGGACAGUCCAUAUUUCUUUUCAUAGACAUUUGAGUGUUGCGCGUUGCGUCUUGCGCAUUUGUCGGUGUUCUUGAGCCUUGCGGUGUAUUUUGGAGCAUUUUGACUGCCUAUCGAGCAGUCCUGGUUCUGGCGUUUAUGAGGAAGUUUCAGGAGCGGACAUUUCAGACGGGUGGCCAUCAAAAGUCUUGCAGAUAGUUGGGCUGGGAGACACGGAUAGAUAACUGCAUUGUAUGAGGGAUUGUAGGAUAACGGUCUUGUAUAUAAUUACCACACCAUGAAUUCUAGUGUUCAUAACCCAGUCAUCUC